AUGUCGUUCUGGCCGUUUUCCAACCCGUUGGCGCUGCAUAGCCGCCUCCAGAAGUUCUUGGACGACCACGCGCUGCCGCUGGCGGUGCUGGCACUGGAGUUGGUGGCCGACCGGGAGUUGGCGCGAGAGAUCGUCUACGAACUCCACCAGAUCAAGGGCAAUUUCAGCGAGCUGGCGGCGGGGUUUGUGUUUACCAAUGACCCCGGCUCGCUGGCGGCGUCGGUGGCUACCAAUAGCGCCGCCAGCCACCACGAGGGCGACGGUGGCGAUAAAGAGCCCAGCCAGACCAAGGGUGUCAAACUAUUGGAGAUUAUCGUCCAGCCGCAGGUGUUGGACGGUCUUCUAGACUAUUUGGUUCGCUCAGUGAAACUCUUUGAGGAUGAGCGCCGGCGAGAGGACGAAGUAUUACAGAAAUUGAUCCGCGAGCUGCCUGAUAAAACCAAGGUGGCGAUGUCCGAUAAAGAGAUCAGAGGCGAACUCGACCAGCAGAUAGAGGUCACUGAGGAAGUGCUUUUGGGCGAGGCAGAGACGGACGACCAUAUUCCCAUCUCCACUCAUAAGCCGACAAGGAAGCCGCCGCCGGGCACCAAGGACCCGCUGCCGGUUAGCAAAGCCUCUGAACUGGCGGAUAUGUUUGAGGAGUCGGUGACCCGUGAGCUUUCACCUGAUUUCCUGGAUGAUCCUCUUGAUAAAGUGGCCCGUGACCCUCUGGUGUGUAAAAAUGACGAUGACGACGAACACGGAGAGGAAACCGCUCAGGAAAAGUUUAUCCGUGAACUUCAAACCGCUCUGGACAUCUUGUCUACUGAUAUAUGGAUCAUUCUGAACCGCAUCAUUGAAACACCGGCGAUGGAGAAGUUGUGGCUGAUCUUGCUGAUGCCCGGUCUCCACGAACUGCUGCCUACAGUCAACCACGUCGUCCACAUUUUAGACCAGCUUAUGGACGCUAACCUGAUUGAACUCCUCAAUUUCAUCCGUCGUCAGCCCGACCUUGUGGACACCUUUGUGUCGAAUAUCGAUAUCCCGGUGAUAAUGGACUACUUCUUGCGGGUGAUCCAGACCGAUAAACCCGAUCUGCCUACAGGUAUUGUGCAAUCGUUACUGGCGCAAGGCCUUAUCCCAAAACUUGUGGAUAUCCUCAAACCUGACCCCGAAUGGUUUUCGCAAAAUCCACCGCUGGCGUUUGUUCCUAAUCCUGACCACUACUUCCGCCAGCUGAGUGCUACCGAUUUCCUCAAAGCGCUCAUCACUAUAUCCAGUAACACGGCAUUGGCAGUGACGUUGGAGACUAAUAUUGGCCCUAACCCGUUGACGAGAGAGUUAGUGCUGCCGCCGAUCAUAAAGACGAUGGUGGAGGAGGUGAUGCUCUACCAACCCCCGCAAAAGAUCCCUGGGUGGACUAAUAAACCGGGCUUCAUCAACUGUGUGGGGAUCAUCAUUGAGGUUAUCCGCAAAAAUAACCUGGACUAUGACCUCAACUGUGGGCCGUACUCAGUUGCUUUGGACCACCUGGACGAUGCUAACGGCACCACCGGCGAAGUGAAUGCGCUGGUGAUGUUUAAGUGGCUCAAAGACUUUGAGGAGAACCCUCCGGGGCCGCGGGACCCGAUAUACUUAGGGGGCAUGCUUGAGAUUCUCUGUGGCUAUCUCGAUACGUUCUCCGCGAUUAUUGAGCAGCCAGCGGCCGAGGGUGACGAGGACACUCAGCUUGGCUACACCAAGUUCAAGAUCUCCGAGCUUAUCGCCGAGUUGCUCCACUGCCUGAACAUGAUCCUCCUCAAUCUGCGGCGGUUCCAGGAGAUCAUGCGGGUGCGGGACCACGUGCGGGCCCACCAGGACCACCGGUUGGCCUACGCCCUCAACGACUUGCUCCCCGCCGCCGUGAACAAGAUGCUGGUCGACCUGGACCUGGAGGACGAGGUGUUGCUGAGCGUGCUGUGGGACGACGACGACGUGCGGCGCGAGAUCGACCGCAUCGACCACGACUACGACCUGGAGGACGAGGAACCGCUGAUAUCGGCGGAGAAUCCGUUUGUCGGACCGCAGAGGGACGCUGCCAUGCGCAAACACCCGUGCAUCGGCGACUACUUCAAGAUGAAGUUGAUCGAUCUGAACAUCUUGAUCAACAUCACCAACAAGUUCACCGAGUACCCAUGGCACAACUUCUUCCACAACGUGGUGUUUGACCUCAUCCAGCAGAUCUUCAAUGGUAAGCUCAACCUGUACAAUCUGUUCCUCAUUGUCGAGCUAUUCAAGCGUGAGCGGGGCCACCUUGUCCAAAUGAUUGUUGAUCUGUAUCAGCACCACCACGACGACGAGUUUAGGCCCGGGUACAUGGGCCACCUCAUUUUAAUCGCUGAGGAGGUGGUCAAGUUCACCAACUUGUACAAGCCCGACCUCAUCUCCCCCGUCAUCGUCGAGGCGGUGACGCUGGACAAGUGGGAGUGGUUUGUUGAUAAUGUCCUCCUCAAGACGCGUGAAGUGUAUAAUGUGGUAUUGGGGGCAGACGCCGACGACACGCGUUCAGAGACCGACGCUGACUACGCGUUGGAAGAGGAUAAGGCUAACCACGUUAUUCUCCUCAGUGACCCACUGAACCAUGAUGAAUUCGUCCACGAUACUUCACCGGAAGUGGCACCGGCACCGACGAACCUGCCGUCAAACGAGAACAACGACCACGCCGAUGAUACUACCAAAUCACCACCACCCUCUGAGGACCAGCUCUUGGAUGAAGAGUUACAGGGGAUUGAAAAAGCCCACCCCAGCCUCGACCAACUGCUAACGGUGGACCCUACCAGUGACGAGCUGAGUCCACAGAGCCCGGAGGAAGAAUUGGACGAGCAGGAGGAGGUAAAGGAGGAUGAGGACGCGGGGAGUGACGACGACCACGAGUUACGGCGGGUGCCGCGGCAUGUAUAG